AUGGAGAAAGGGAGAGAGAGAGAUAGGGCACCGUCAGAGCUCACGUCGAUGCCCAACUGCCUCUUUGACUGAAAUCUGUCGUCGUCUUCGUUUGUGGGGGAACACCUCACAGUUUAUAUGCUUCUUUGGUUUUACUGUAAUUUUUAG